AUGUUGGAAUCGGAGAAGUACAAGAGAAUGCAGAACAUGAAAUGUUAUGCGUAUAUCAUUGCUGGGGUUGUCUUCCAAACUAUCAUAAUCCUUGUUUUCGCGUUAACGGUUAUGCGUAUCAAGACCCCUAGCGCUAGGCUAAGAUCCGUGACGGUCCAGAGUCUCAACUAUAAUGCUUCAGGAGUCCCUCACUUCAACAUGAGAUUGAUCAUGGAAAUUGCAGUGAAGAACAAGAAUUUUGGUCACUUCAGGUUUGAUAAUACUACUGCUAACGUUACCUUUGGAAGCGUUAUGGUGGGUGAUGGCGAAAUCGUAAAGAGCCGUGCCCGUGCUAGGAAGACUAAAAGGAUGAAUGUAACAGUGGAUGUAAGCUCAAGUGCGGUUUCAGAUGAAGAUGAGCUUAGAACCAAGUUGAGCAGUGGGACUUUGACGUUGACUGGAGUUGCGAGGUUGAGAGGGAAGGUGACAUUGAUGAAGCUGAUGAAGAAACGGAAGACUGCAGAGAUGAACUGCACUAUGACUGUGAAUUUGAAUAGCCAUGCUGUUCAGGAUUUGGAUUGCGAGUGA